GCACUGAAGAGCAUGCAACAGACAACUUAGUGCAACUUUUGAUCUCACGCAUCAACCUUUGCGCACCAACGGGAUUUAACUUUUUGGCAAGGAGACGUAUACUUCUACGAUUUCUGUAUAACCUGAUCACUUUUCUUAUGUUUUAUAUUUAAUCUCGCAUUAAUAUACAAUAUCAGUUUUUUUUUUUUUUCAUUUUAACAACAUCAUAACCAGCACUUGUCUUAAUUUAUUAUCGUUUUUUUUUAUUAUUAAUAUCUUAACUAUAAUUUAAUUCAGACUACUUUAUUAGUUGUUAUGCUUAGUCUAAAUUAGUUAUUUUAUUACAACUUUCUGGACGCGUGGGGACUGUCAUACAGCAGUCCUGUUUAUUUCUGAGCAGUCGCGUGUUUCGCUUGGUUUAAUCCCUGUAAAAUGAAGCAUUUGCAAUUUGUGCUCUUGUUGGCCGUCGCGGCCAAUUUUUGGGAAUGUGGUGAUGCGAAAUUCGGUGAGAAAGGAGAAUUAAGUCCAAGGAGGAGGAGAUGUUACGAUGGAAGUCUGCCGAAACGCCUGAAGAAGAAGGAGAGAAAACUGUCACUGGAGGGAAGCGGUGGAGGGGAGGUUUGUCACAGGCUCUAUCCUCGCGUCUCCUGCUGUCCGUCCAGGAGGGCUCCUUAUCAAAUAAUCCAUCGGAAAGAUGCUCGGAUCUUCUCAACCAAUAACACAGAGUGUUCUAGACUUCUGGAGGAGAUUAAGUGUGCCCAUUGCUCACCACAUGCCCAGAUGCUCUUCCACUCACCCAAACUCGAAAAAUCACCACACAGAGUACAAGAUCUACCCCGCUUUUGCCACGACUACUGCCAAGAGUUCUACUAUACCUGCCGGGGACACGUACCAGAACUGUUCCAAGCCGACGUGGAUGAGUUCUGCCAGUACUAUGGAAGGAAGGAUGGAGGGCUGUGCUUUCCAGAUUUUCACCGAAAGCAGUUGCGCCAAGAUUCCAACUACCUGUUAGAUGAAAAAAUAGAAGGGAUUAACAGAAAACAUAAACACAACUGCUACUGCGCUCAGGAGAUCCUUAGUGGUCUUCGACAGCCUGUUGGUGUGGUGCAUUGUGGAGAUGGAUCACAGCGGCUUUUUAUUUUGGAGAAGGAAGGCUUUGUACGCAUCCUAACACACAACAUGCAGCUCCUAAAAGAGCCCUUUCUGGACAUUCAUAAACUGGUUCAAAGCGGUAUGAAGGGAGGAGAUGAAAGGGGCUUGCUAAGCCUUGCAUUCCACCCCAAUUAUAAGAAAAAUGGAAAGUUCUACGUCUCCUACACGACCAACCAGGAGCGUUGGGCUAUCGGACCACACGACCACAUUCUUCGUGUAGUCGAGUACACGGUAUCCAGGAAAAAUCCAAACCAGGUGGACACGAGGACUACUCGAGUGUUAAUGGAAGUAGCUGAGCUCCACCGAAAGCAUCUGGGAGGUCAGCUCCUCUUUGGGCCUGAUGGGCUUCUGCACAUAUUUUUAGGUGAUGGCAUGAUCACUUUGGACGAUAUGGAGGAGAUGGAUGGUCUAAGUGAUUUCACAGGAUCUGUCCUUCGAGUGGAUGUGGACACAGAUAGUUGUAGUCCGCCCUACUCUAUACCCAGAAACAACCCCUAUUUUAACAGCACAAAUCAGCCCCCUGAAAUCUUUUCCCAUGGAUUGCAUGACCCAGGAAGGUGUGCAGUGGAUAAGCUCCGCAUGGACACCAAUGGGAGUCUUCUGAUUCUGUGCACAGAUACUGUUGGCAAAAAUACGACAUCAGGCAGGAUUCUACAGGUCAUCAAAGGGAAAGACUAUGAAAAUGAACCAUCUAUAUAUGACGUGGCGUCUAAUGGAGGUGCCACCCCAGUUGGUGGAUUCAUUUACAGGGGAUGUCAGUCAAGAAGACUUUAUGGAAGUUAUGUAUUUGGAGACAAAAAUGGGAACUUCAGAAUUCUCCAGAGGCUUUCGGAAGACAGAUUGUGGCAAGAGAAGCCUCUUUGUCUUGGUACUAGCAGUUCCUGUGGUUCCUCGCUGGUAGGCCACAUCCUGGGGUUUGGCGAAGAUGAAUUAGGUGAGGUCUACAUCCUUGCCUCCAGCAAAAGCACGGCGAUACAGUCGAACAGCGGAAAACUCUACAAGUUGGUGGAUCCCAAAAGGCCACAGGUCCCUAAGGAGUGCAGACGGCCUGUGGAGGAUCCAGAGAUGCUAAGCACCACUUGCUCCCGUGAAUGCAAGAACGGCCACUGUACACCCACUGGCAAAUGCUGCUGCAGUGCUGGCUGGGAGGGCCCCUUCUGCUUACGAGCCAAAUGCGAACCCACCUGUCGUAACGGUGGGGUCUGCGUGGAGCCCAACAAGUGUCUCUGCAAGGAAGGAUUCUCCGGCGGUCAGUGCGAGAAAGGAGAGCGAGGAACACGAGGGGACGGUGAGAAAGACAGCAUCCUGGAGCACAUCAUUGACAUGACGUCUUACCUGCUGGACCUCACCAGUUAUAUUGUAUAAAAAGUAGGGCAGGAUGAUAAUGCGCUCUUCACCGGUUGGCAGACUGAACGUUACGGAGGCCUUUCAGAGUUUGCCUUCAGGACACCAUCCCCAAUCUCCAACUGCCCCUCACCUGAUCCUCCUCUCCCACCACUGUUCGUUUUCAUGAGCCACAGCCUUUGAUCUUCAUGCUUCCCCACACCAUCUGCACUCUCUCACCUCUAUGCACAAAUACACAGGUAAAACAAUAGCAGGGUGGCCAAUGGAACCUCAAUGCGCAUAGCUGAAGGGGUCGCAUGUUGGAGGUACCACGCAGGGUUCUCCGGUUUUCACUGCUGGUAUGGUGUGUAAUGUCUGGUCCACUUUAAAGUCAAGUGUCCCUGCAAGAGGACUCACAAAGCACUGGAAGCUUCACGAGACCAACUCGGAUGUUCGUUCCAACCCCAACAUGGGCACCAAUAAGUCUGUGUACUACAGGACAAAUUGGGAUUUUAGGGAGUCAACAGUGCUCAUUUAGGAAAGUCAAAUGGACAGUCCAGCAAACUGAACUGUACCCUAAAGAAAAUCACUGCCAUGGAUUCAUAGGUUGUUUAAAGAAGAGAGGGGAAGUAGCUGUCAGUACAGCCACAAAACCAUACAACAGACUUAGUCUUAUUCAGCAGGUCUGUGUAUAACUGGAGAAUCGUUUUGAUGGGACUUGAUGCCAGUUUACAUGCAGUUUAGAAAACGCAUCUGCUAAAAUGUCAUCCAUCUUCUUGAUAUAAUUGCUGAAACGAUCAAUGAAGAUUCUUCAAAGUCAAAACUGAAAAUUGGUUGUAUCUCAUUGAUGUUUCGUUUAGAUGAAAUGUAAAUCUUUAAGAAUGUUCAGAACAGUCACUUUUAUUACAUUAAUUUAAUAAUUAAGAUGACUGGUUUGCGGAGAAACUAACCUAAAGAGGUAACUGCUCUGGUUAAAGGUGCAGUAUCAGCUAUACUAUUUUCCUGUAGUUGUUCAUGACCAUGCACGCUGCUUUCAUUGCAAAUUGUAUAUCUUAUCAUAUUUUAAAAUGUUCAUAUAUCUUGUUUCUGUGAGAUAUCAAGCACAGAUUUUUUUGUUUGUUUGUUUGUUUUUGUUUUUCAGAUGGAAAACCCUCGUAAGGUGUUUUUAGCAAAUACUACAGUUUUUGUCUCACCAGUUAUUUGACACAAUGGGUAUCUUCAUUUAAUGUUCUCCUUUUUUUCGAAACAACAAACCAUAUUCAGUUUUGUCAUAAGGGGAACAAGACUGGUGACUGGUGUACAUUUCAUAUAGUACUUUACUGAGAAGUACUUUUUAGAUUUGCCAUUGUUUUAAUAAAGGAGGGUUUAUUUUUUUUAAGGAAUAAUAUAUGGGAGAGGAGCAGUUUUGCAUUAAGCCUGCAAAAUCAUUUUACAUAUUUUACUUACAAAUACUUACACCGUUCCGUUGAAGAUACAACUUCCAUAAAAAUAUAAUUUAAAUCUAUAAAAUUGUUCUCUUGCUAUCAAGACUGAUUUGACAAAAAAAAUAAAAAAAAUAAAUAAAUAAAGAUAGAUCUUUCCUUCUGAUAUGUUUCUCUAAAACGAGACUCAAGCUAUAAAUUUAGAGCCACAUUUUUUUUUGUCAUCUGUUCAUGACUGAAUAGAAGAGAAUGUUAAAUAUGCUACAUGAUGUCAUCAAGAUCCCAUAGUAUCCCUCUAAACCUGAUUUUUUUUUUUUUAGAAAGUAGUAGAAGUUGUUGGUUGAGCUCUGUCCAGUAUGAACUAGCAAAUUCACUACAACUCAUUUUUCUUCAUCAGAUCAGCUGUUUUAUUUACCGAAUAACUAAUAUAACUGAAACUAGACUAAUAUGAGACAACUAGUACAUUCUGUUCAGUUUUAGACUCAUUUGUAACCAGUGAGGUCAUGAAUAUUAACCAUGUUUCAUUGAGCCCUUUUUUGAUGUGGUUCUUCUCAUUGAAGGUUUGCACAAUGCAGCCCCCUCUAAAAAUAGUCAGGUGUAUUCAAUGUUUAUAGUAUAAUCACUUAUUUCUCCCAAAGACAAGUAUAAUUAACAACAAUCCCUGCCUGUUUAUUACUUUCUAUUCGGUGCAUUUUAGCAUUCUUUGUUGCAGUACAUGUAAGGAGUUCAAGCUGUAAAUCUACUCUAUAAUUUUAGCACUUAAUGUGAAACCUGCAUUGGAGCUGCUGGGAAGGUGUCAUGUGAAUAGAGUAACCUUGUUUCUUUUAUUAUUUAAGUAGUUACGCCUUAAAGUUAUUUAAGUUGUCUACAAUGUUUUUACUGUUGUAUGUGAAGAAAUAUGGUCAUUUAUUGUAAAUAACUAGGUUUAUCUUGGGUUCUUCUCAGAAAUAUCAAUAUGUUUAUUAAAAUGUAUAGCAUGUUUGAGAACUUAAUGAACGACUCCUUUACUUUUUGUCUCUCUAAAAUUCAAUACAAUUUGAUCUGAAUAUCUGAUAUGGGUGGUUUUUCAUAAAUAUUUAAUACAUGAAUCUAUAUUAUAUCAGCUGAUAGUAUCUAUAGGGUGUCUGCAGUUUUACACACACACAUGCAUAUUCUUUGUUUUCUUCUGCUAAACUAAAUAAAAAAAGACACUAUUUCCCAGUUAAUACAAGUUAUCAGAGUGUACAUGUGCAUCUGGUAUCAGUUGUAGUGCUGGGAAGUGUCUCGUUUCUUGUGUCACUA